GAACAGGACCCGCGCGCGUCGGGAGCAUCCGAAGCUCCGGACCAGGAGGCCAGAGCAAGCCCCAGCAGUUUCACUUCCUGCGGGCGCCCAGCAGAGCCAGGCCGGGCCGCGUUUCCGGAGACCUGGGCCGCUCCGCCUGCGGUGGGAAGCGGGCCGAGGAGCGCGGGGGCCGAGGCUGGAGCCCACAGCGCCUCAGCCCCGGAGAGUCCGGCCUCGGCGGUACCCGGGCGGCCGCCGCCGCAAUGCUGCGCGCAGCGCAGGGCGAGGCGGGCGGGAGCCGGGAGCGGCCCCGCUGCGGCCCAACGCCCCCAGAAAAUACAAAAGACAUCAUAAUGAUAUAUGAAGAAGACGCUGAGGAAUGGGCUCUGUACUUGAGGGAAGUUUUUUUACAUGUUGUGAAAAGGGAAGCAAUCCUGUUAUAUCGCUUGGAGAAUUACUCUCUUCCGGAUUUAGAAUUGCUGAGUUUAAACUCUUACAAAUGUAAACUUUUGAUCUUAUCAAAUAGUCUGCUUAAAGACCUAACUCCAAAGAAAUGUCAGUUUCUGGAAAAGGCACUUCAUUCUCCAGAAAGUGUGGUUACUCUGCUGUGUGGAGUGCAGAGUUCAGAUCAGCUCUACAAGUUAUUAAACAUCCCUGGAGGCACAUGGGAGAUCUCAACUGAGCUGGAGCCUGGAAGCUACAUCUCUGUCAUCAAGAGUAUCAUUUUCAGAGGUAGUUCUGAGGAAUACCUUACAGUCAGUACUCCAACAGUCUCAAGAGUAGAACAUUCUGGAGAAAUAAGUGAGAGAAAUGAAUUUGAAAAAUUACCAGAAUCUUCAGGGAGCCCCAGACCACUGGCAAUCGUGCUUCCCACUGAAAUUCCAUGUGAGAAUCCUGGUGAAAUAUUUAUUAUUUUGAGAGAUGAAGUAAUUGGUGAUACUGUGGAGGUUGCGUUUACAUCCAAUAACAAAUGCAUUAGAACACAGCCAGCCCGUUGGAGUAAGACAGUCUGGUGUAUAAAAGCUUUAGAUUUUCCAGCUGGCUCUGUCAAUGUCCAUAUCUACUGUGAUGGAAUCAUUAAGGCCACAACAGAGAUUAAAUACUAUACUACAGCAAAGGCUGUGGGAUGCCAAUCAAGAGUGGCAGGUUCAGGAGAUGGUGUAUGCCAGCAGAAUGGCAUUGACCAACUUGAUGAUGUUCUUACGUACAUAUUCAAACACGAGAUACCAUAUUAUGAGUUCCGAUUACUCCAAACUGAAAUUUGCCCUCUAAAAGAAUAUACUCAUUUCAAAGAACUUCCAACUCUUCUCCACUGUGCAGCAAAAUUUGGUUUAAAGAGCUUGGCUCUUCAUUUGCUUCAGUGUUCAGGAGCAACCUGGACUUCUAAGAUGAAAAAUUUGGAGGGUUCAGAUCCAGCACACAUUGCUGAAAAGCAUGGUCACAAAGAACUCAAGAAAAUCUUUGAAAAGUUUUUGAUCCAAGAAGUUAGCAGAAAUAAUGAGCAAGAAAGUGACUAUGAAGAGGAUAUUACCUCGUUGUCUAUGUAUUUAUCUGCCAUGCAGAGCCCUGCACUUCAUCAAGAAAGCAGGCAGGCACACAGGCAGAGCAUGGGAGCUGAGGAAAGUGAAAUGGCAAAGGAAGAAAAAGAGAAGGAAUCGGUCACGGAGGCCAGCCCCAGCCUACCAGAGGUUGGCAGUGGGAGUUCUGAGAAUGAGUAUGAUGAUGACUUAUAUGUGUUCAUUCCUGGAGACAAUCCAGAAAAUAAUUCGCAAGAGCCAAUCAUAAGCAGACCGCCUCUGCCCCUGCCCCGACCUGGAACUGCUGCCUUCCAAUUGGAAAAACCUCACUUCAUGUUACAAGGGAAAAUGUUGGAAGGCCAAAUGGGAAGAAGUCAAAGUUGUUGUGAUCCCAGUGCAAGACAGGAAACAACAGUUGAAUCCAAAGGAGAAGAAAAGAAGGAUGAAAAGGAGCAAGAUGAGGAGGAAGAUCCAUACACUUUUGCUGAGGUUGAUGACAGUGAAUAUGACAUGAUACUGGCCAAUAUGAGUAUCAAGAAAAAAACUGGAAGCCGUUCUUUCAUUAUAAACAGACCUCCUGCCCCCACACCUCGGCCUACAAAUAUCCCUCUGAGAGAAGAAACCACACCUUACAUAGCUCAAGUGUUCCAACAAAAGGCAGCCAGAAGACAAUCUGAUGGUGACAAGUUCCAUGGUCCUAAGAAACAAGACAGAGCUCGGACGGAGAGUCAUACCAUUUCCAAUGUAAGGGGCUGCCUCGCUGCUAGUCAGGAAGAACUCAUCCUCCUGCAAGAGAAAGUCAAGAAUGGGAAACUAUCUGUGGAUGAAGCCCUAGAGAAAUUUAAACAUUGGCAGAUGGAAAAGACAGAGCUGGAAAUGAUUCAGCAGGAAAAACUACGUAACCUUCGAGAUUGUAUUGUUGGGAAAAGGCCAGAAGAAGAAAAUGUUUACGGUAAGCUCACCAUUGUGCACCAUCCAAAUGGUAAAGAAAGUGCCCACAAUGAAAACAUGUUAUAUAACACACCCUUCCACAGUAAGCUUCCUACUCAACUCCACGAUGAAAGGAAUUUGGUUUCUGUUGCAGGAAAGAUCACUAAAAGCAGGUUAUUAUAAUGAAACUCAAGAAUGUGCAGACACUGUGCUUUCUGGGUGAAGCAAGCUUGUAUUUGGAUUGCCUACUGUCUUCAGGGAAAAUCUAUACUAUGAAAGCAGAAGCAAGCCUCUGAUUUCAGAAUUUGUUAUUGCCACAAUGUAUUGGCAUCACACCUGCUGCAGAUGGGUCUAUCAUGAUUAAAACUGAAUGCCGUAGAGCAAUUAAUUGCAUUCUUUGAAAACUCAUUCAUUUUACAAAGCAUUUUCCACUGAAGCAGCUAUUUCCCAUUUGGAAAAUUGAAGGAAAACAAAAUCAAAGUAGUUAAAUGCUCUGUAGCAAAGGGCCUCUUUCAGGCACUGACCUUACUACUUGACUGCUCCUGUCCCAAGAAAAACCAUGCAAAUGCAAAUUUGUUUCGUACAGACGUGCCUUUAAGUGGCAGGUCCAUUUGCUGAAUUUCUCACAUUCAGAGCUCUAAUUAUUAUUGUCACAUGUUUGCAGAAACCUUGCCUUAUUUAGUACCUAUUUGCAUAUAACCUUGAGAGCAUUAUUUUUUUAACUUUCUAUAUCUCAAAUUAAUAUACGUUUCCUAUAUUCUUUAUUAAAAUGCUUAGAAUUUCAUUAUCCUAUUUCUUAGACACAAUUUACUAAAAGUAUUCUUAGAAUGCAGUUUUAUCAUUCUAUCUUUUCCAUGGCCAACUGCUGCAAAUAAAAUCAAUAUUAAAGCUA